UGAAUCAUUUUUUCUGGGGAACCACUUGGUCUCUUACUAAACCGGUGGUGUGCCGGGUUUUGCCAACAGGUCUAGUUUCUUCGUGUCGGAAAACUCAUCAGGACUUCACGUGAACAACCAUUUUGGCUGAAUCAUUUUUUUUUCUGGGAAAGACGUGGUCUCUUAGCUCCAACCGCUAUUUAGUAGCACUCGGUGCCUCUGCUAUAAAAGACGGCUCUUCUCUGGUCUGCGACAUUCCGUCUUCCAGCCACCGAUCCGACGCCGCGUCUGGGCACCACUACAGCGAACCAUGAGGAUCUACCUUGCGCUGGUGCUGUGCCUGGCCGGUGCCGCCUGCGGCAGGUCCGUACAGGAGGUGGACCGUCUACUUCAAGCGCUCCGCGAGGCGCUGGAGACCGUCGACGGAGCGUCUCAGCUUGAAAGGCUAACCGAGGGGGAGACGGAGACCGUCAAAGUCAGCGAGAACGGCGUGGUCUUCGCCGAAACGAUCAGCUUUGAUGACGAACACAACUGUGAGACCCUCCACGUGCCUGCGCACAACGGGCGGGCAGAGGUGGACAUCCGUCACUGCUUCAAAGACAAAGAGGGUAAGACCGGCACGUCCAUGUACUGCCUCACUACGGACUCCAAGUGUUACCUGCUCCGCAUGGAAGACGAAGGAGAGCCCGCCGGUCUUGAGGAGCAGGAGGCAGGCAUUGAGAAGUUUGAGGGGCAAAACGACCCCGUCCUCGACGCAGACGGCAUCGAAGUCCACGCGAACCGCUGGGCCGUCACCGGCGUAGCAGACCGCUCCAAACUGCCCGAAGUUCUCGCCAGCUUCAAGCCCGACUUCAAGGUCUUCUUCGCAGACCACCUGGAUGACGACACAGUCAUUCUGACAGACGAUGGUGGGGACGAGACUAACGAGAACGACAAGCGAACGCUGGUCAAUGGCUGUCCUAACGGAGGCCUCCCCUCACGUCGGUACGCUGUCCGCAGCCCCGGUGGGUGUGAGUACCUGGUCUUCUGUACGGGACAGAAUAACAAGUACAGCCAGUGUCCCAAUCGCCAUGUCACGGACAGUUUCUUCAUGACGUGCCUGUGCUGCCCCGGUGUCGAAAUAAGGCAGGAUUGUCUGUACUGUGAGGAUCUUAGCUGAGGCGGUCACUUCGACAAUACCGGCGUCUGCCGCAAGUAAGACAACUGACAAGCGUACUUGCCAUGGAGCAAAAUGCAUCAGUGGGACACACAAAACGUGUCCAGAUAUAGCUCAUAGCAACAAUCUAGCUUUGGGAGAGCAACUUCUUACUAUUCAAGUUAACUCAUAACCUCUUCAAGUGGCCUGUAGUAACCUAUCAUAACGUAUAUUUCUUUAGACAUUAUCCCGUUCGCAAUAGACUAGUAUUAAGAUGUUAUCACUGAUGACUAGUUAAUAUGUUUUUAUACUUGGACUUACCAACAUAGAAACUGUCUUGAAAUACCUUAUCCAGCCAUACAAUGCUGGCAGGCAUCCAAUAAAGAACAACAAGGUGCCUGUGUUUUGUUUUAGAACUGAGAUAAAGACAUGUAUAAACGUAACGAAUCUCAUAUUUGCACCAAACUUUUCACCAUUUCGAAUCUGUGUUGAUGGUGAAAUUUCUCCAAAUUAAUCGAAAAAACAUGACAUGUUAUCCUGUCCUACUUGUCACUUAUCUCCCUUAACACUUCUGUAUGAGUCGGCGUCUUGAUUUUGUAUACCCAAGAGUUGUAGCAGCAAUAAAAGUG